AUGGGGAAGAAGAAGCGCGUGUACAGAACCUCGCCGGCGCGGGUGGCGGCCGAGCAGCGCUGCGUGGGCAGAUACAAGCGCUUCCAGCUCUGCAACGUCCAGCAAUGCCCGGGGGAAGCUGGAGACUUCCGACGCCAGCAAUGCGAGCGCUACAACACGACGCCCUACAACGGCCGUACCUACGCCUGGGAGCCCUACUACGACGGCGCCUGCAUGGAGAUAGGAUGCGAUGGUCUGCUGGGGUCUGACAAGAAGCUGGACGUGUGUGGGGUCUGUGCCGGAGACAACAGCUCAUGUAGGUCUGUCGAGGGGGUCUACAGUAAAGUACAGACCGGGUCUGCAGGAUACAGCUUGGUUCUCACGCUUCCUACGGGGGCUGCAAACAUAUCCAUCAUGCAAGCCGCGUCUUCUGCAAAUUAUCUGGCCCUGAAGGACCCCAGCAGCGGCGCCCUGCUCCUGAGGGGGGGCCGCCCCCCCAAUGAGUCAUCACUAAUAGAGGCGGGGGGCACAAGCUUCGGGUACCAUCCCCCCAGGGGGGGCGUGGGGGACAGCCUCACCGCCAGGGGUCCCCUGGUGCACCCCGUCGACGUCAUGCUGUUCAGCUCGUCCAGCAACGUGGGUGUUCACUAUCGCUAUCAGCUCCCCCCUGGCACCCCCAGAGCGCCCCCCUUACGGAGCGAUAACCCCCUUAACCCCCUCCUCCCCCACGGGACCCCGAGGGCGCCCCCUCUACGGAGCGAUAACCCCCUAAACCCCCUCCUUCCCCCCGCCCCAAACGGCCAUUACUUUCCGAUAAACGACGCCCAAUACGACCGAACCCUUCCGAAUUCCCCCGACCGAGGGCUCAACGCCCCCGCUUUUAAACCCAACGAAGUUAACACAAAAACCCUAAGAGCCCAAAGAAGGAACCUGAACCCCAAGAGGCAGCAUGGGGUUGUGCCGUACGAGUGGAAGGCUGUGGGGUUCACUGCCUGCUCCGCAACCUGCGGCCGAGGAGUGCAGGUGUCUCACGUGGUGUGCGUGCGUAAGAAGCGGCAGGCGGUCGUGCCGGAGCAGAACUGCUACACUUUGCCCCGUCCUCCUCCUGAGACUGUCUCAUGCAGCCUUAAGCCCUGUCCGCCCAGGUGGGAGGCUGAGGCCUGGGGCGACUGCAGCGCCUCAUGUGGCGUUGGGCUGCAGACACGACGCUUCUCGUGUCGCCAACAGCUCAUGGACGACGCCCACGCCGCCCACGCCGCCCACGCCGCCCACGUCGCCCACGUCGCCCACGCCGCCCACGGCGUCCACGUCGCCCACGUCGCCCACGCCGCCCAUGUCGCUUCUGUCGCCCAUGUCGCCGUCAACGAGAGCGCUUGCCCGCGUCAAAAUUCGCUGCCUCCCGCGCAGGUCUGCCACAAGCCCUCGUGCAGCUCUCAACCCUCGUGGCAUUUGGGCCCCUGGGGUGACUGCUCUACCCGCUGCGGGUUUGGGACAAGGACCCGACAAGUUACCUGUGUGUCUGCCGGGACCAACGUGCCCCACCAUCAAUGUCCCGGGCCGCGUCCCAGCGACCAGGAGAUGUGCGACAUGGGCUCAUGUGCCAGCAACACGUGGUUCUUUUCAGCCUGGGACGAACAAUGUACAGCCGAGUGUGGGUUAGGCGAGCAGCGGCGACGUGUGCACUGCAAUGCUGACCCACUUUAUGAGGCUGACCCACUUAAGGAGGUUGACCCACUUAAGGAGGUUGACCCACUUAAGGAGACUGACCCACGUCACGAAGGGCCCAAAUGUGACGCGCGUCUGCGGCCCAACGACACGCGCAGCUGUGACAGCGUCAGGGACUGUGGCGGACAGUGGGCUACAGGGGAGUGGUCCCCCUGCUCGGCGGGGUGUGGGGGGGCGGGGGUGCAGCAGCGUCUCGUGGUGUGCGUGGCCGGGGGGCGGCGGCGCCACCGCAUCCCCAAGGACGACGCCCCCUGCGGGGGGCGCCCCCGCCCCCCGGCCGUCCAAAUCUGCCACCGGUCCUGUGAACCCAUGUGGUUCACGUCAGAGUGGUCACAGUGCACCGUGAGCUGCGGUGGCGGGGUGCAGCGGCGGGAGGUGAAGUGUCUGGACGACCGCCGCACCGCCAGCCUCGGCUGCCCCACCGCCGCCAAGCCCGACACACGGCGGACCUGCGCUCCCGACGCCUGCCUGGCGGAGACUUUAAUAGAGGACGCCGUGGGGGACGUGGGGCGGGGCCUCCUAGUGGCCUCCCUGCAGCCCCAGCCUGAGAGGGUUCCUCCCCCAGCUGGUUGGUGCUUGGACCGCAUGAAGAACUGCAACCUGGUCUUCAAAGCCAGACUUUGUCGGUUGAAAUAUUACAGUAAACUGUGUUGUAGAACCUGCAACCCUUGACACCUGUAAGGUGUGUUGCAGCACGUGCAACCCUUGACAUCUGUAGCCCAUGUGUUGCAGGAUGAGCAACACUUGACACGUGACUACGCUGUGUUACACUACAAAUUACAGUAAACUCUGUUACAUUACGUGCAACCCUUGGCAUCUGUAGCCCUUGUGUUACGUUACGUGCAACCCUUGACAUCUGUAGCACCAUGUGUUGCACUAUACAUUGCAGUAAAAUGUGUUGCUGUAUCUCCAACCCUUAUUCGUUUGCAACACCAAAAAAUAAAUUCAGUUUUGUUUUUCUCUGGUACUAGCGAAGUGCUGUAGGGGAGAUCGAUUUUCCGGAAAAGAUAUUGAUGUGAUAUUUUCGAUUCACAGUCGGAAUUUUUCAUACGGGUAUAAACAAUGCCAAGACAACUUAUGAAGUAAUCGAUGUUAUUUCAUUCGAAGUUCAUUGCAUAAACCAACAUACGAGGAAAAAUGGAAUUGCCUUACCUUUUUCUGGAUUUGAAAUCGUUGUGAUUUCAGCUGUAAUUUCGGCUGAAAUUUCAGUUGCAAUUCACAUUAUAACUCAAUACAAGGUCAAAAAAUAACCGUCAAAUCAGAAAACCUGUUUCCUAAGUUGAUAUCGUUGUGAUUUUAUCUGAAAUUCUAGGUCACAACUAAAAAUACAUGGAUACCAUCUAUUAAUUUCCCUGGACUCAUGUAUUAGCGUGAACCAAAACAAAUAAAUCCAGAAGAUCGAGCGGCCAUGUUAUUUAUAAGAAAACCGAAGACCCUGCAGUAUUGAUAGUGGAUUCCGAAAAAUGAAAGGUUUUGAAAUUCAUGGUAUUUUACUACAUCAUUGUACAAUGGGUGAUGAAUGUAUACAUGUACAGUAUGUAUGUUUGCUGUGACAUUAUAAGCAUAACUGGAUUGUUAUUCAUCUCUUAUUCACGAAUGAAUUGAGCAAAUGCCCUUUGGGAAACCAACUAUGGCAGAAUAUCUUUUACGAAGACUAACAAAUAUUUUAUUGAUAUAUAUGUUAAAUAAUGCCGGCUGCAGAUGUAGAAUUUAUUCAAAGCAUAGUAAUUAGUCCUAAUCAGUAUUGAGAAUAUCGUGGUUAAGUAAAAACAUGGAUUCUUGACCAACAUUUUCCUGAUACGGUCGUAUUGUUCCCAUAACCUUCCUAUUACAAGUAUAACACAUAGUUUAUUUAUGGACAUUAAUCCAACGAUUAUUUUCUUGUAUAAUAACAGAUUUUUGUACAAACUUAACUGAAAUCAUCCAGUAUAAAUGCUGUGCUACCUGACGACUGGUUUUAAUUUUCAGUUCACGCGCAUGCAUUAUUUUUUGUUUAUAAUUGAUUGUCAUUUUAUGGAGAACCUAGACUUUCCAUGGGACUUAAGUUAAACAAAGAGUCCUAUAAGUUACAAAGGGUACUAAGUCUUCCGAGGAGUUCUAAGGUUGUAGAAGGGUGCUAAAUUUUUCGAGAAGACCUAAGUGUUCCAAAGGCCCUUAAGUCGAAUGACAUAUUAAGGAUCCAAGGUCGAUGGACUUUUUGGGGACCUAAGGUUUCUGAAAGGUUUAAGAUCGAUGUAUUUUCAAGGGACCUAAGGUCGAUGGACUUUCUGAGGACCUGAGGUUUCCGUAAGGCCAUAAGAUCGAAGUAUGUUCAUGGGACCUAAAGUCGAUAGAUUUUUUGGGGGACCUAAGGUUUCCGAAAGCUCCUAAGAUCGAAGUAUGUUCAAAGGACCUAAGGUCGCUGGACUUUUUGGGGACCUUCGGUUUCCGUAAGGCCAUAAGAUCGAAGUACUGUAUGUUCAUGGGACCUAAAGUCGAUAGAUUUUUUGGGGGACCUAAGGUUUCCGAAAGGUCCUAAGAUCGAAGUAUGUUCAAGGGACCUAAGGUCGAUGGACAUAUCAUAUAAGGAUCUAAGGUUGAAGGAGCUUUUGGGGGACCUAAGGUUUCCGUAAGGUCCUAAAAUCGAAGUAUAUGUUCAAGGGACCUAAGGUCAAUGAACGUUUAUGGGACCUAAGGUUUCCGAAAGGUCCUAGGGUCAAAAGAUACUUAGAAGGCCUGAAUUUGUCGAAAGGUCCUUGGAUGGAAGGUUAUUUAAGGGUUCUAUGGUCGAUGAACGUUCAAAUAUAUAAGGAUUCAUGAUGUCGUGUUCACGUGAGCUUCUAGUCUCUCCUCCACAUCGUGGCAAACCACAAAGACUUUUUUUCGGUUCUCCUGACGCUUGGAACGAUUUGCAUUCGACUAAUUACAAGCAAUUUUUUUGGUCUGGAACUUUUAGACUUAUUAAUUAAUUGUUUAUUUUAUUUUCUCCACUUUUAGGAUAAUUAUCGUACGCGUAAACCUUAUCGAUUUGUGAAGUGUCUGAUCAAAUCUAUGAAUUGUUUUUUCAUAUUUUUUCAAGAAAAAAGUAUUUUGAGUUCAGAUUAAAAAAAAUACGUAACAAGCGGAUAAAGUUGAUAUCUAAUUCACAAAUUGUGCGAAAAUUAUUGUCUUCAGAUAACUGCUAAAACGAUCAAAGUUAAUUAUUCAUUAAUUGAACAACUAUCAACUUAAUAAUUAUCACUUGGCUUGCCACGCUGUGGAUCUCAUACAGUAGUUGCAUUAGAGUUUAAUAAGUUUAUGAAGUUUUAUGCUGUUGUCGCAAUAAACAUUUGUUUCUCAUUGUUUAUACACUCAAAUAAAUAAUUAGGUCAUUGUAAACAAGAAUC